GUCCACGUGACGCAACUGAUUUGUGAGAAUGACGAAACAUUAUUUGUGCGUAGUGCCUUAUUUUUAGAAUAUGUUUAUUUGUACGCAAACAGUUAACUGUAUUCAAUUAUUGCAGUAUUAAAUUAAAUAUAAGACAUUUAUAUAUUAUCUACUUGUUUGUAUUUUUAAUCGAGAAAACAAAGGAAAAUAGGAAUACAAAGAUAGACAGUGAUUUUAACAGCUGCAUGCAAGCGCAAAUUUGACUGCUGAAAAUGGUCGUUUGUCUUAUACUAUUGAUAAACGUCAAAUUUUGAUAUAAAAAUUUUAAAAAAGCGCAAAAUAACAAACAAUAACAAACAAAACAAGAGUUAGAUAACUGUCUAUCCGUCAGUCGAUAAAAAUUCCAAUAAUCGCAUAAUCGAUCCGAAAAAAAUAACGCAGCGCGCACGUCACGCAUCGGCGCGCGCAUCGCAAAGCACACAAUUAAAAAAGUGGAGGGGGAAUCGGCGGCGGAGUUGCGCGAUGCGCGCGUCGACUCGGCCCGGCCAUCUUGGCAACCACAUGACCUCGUUACCGUGUCCCGUGACCAGCUCACGUGAAUUUCGACAAAAUUCAAACGCUUAGUCAGCUCAAGCCCAUGGAAAUGGACAUCCUGGAGCAGCACCUCGACCAGCAGGACGUCAGCAAUGUUGCUACCAAAGAGGAGCAGAACAGCAUCGUCAUCGAGGAGGCCGAGAUCGUCGACUGCGAUGAUGCGGUGGGUGAAGAUGGUAUGCGGUACCAGGAGACUCUUGCCUAUAGAGUUGUUCAUGUCAACGGAGCACCCAACACUGAAAUAGAACUACCUAAUGUAACACAGGCCCCUUUGCAAGUUUUAACAUCUCCUAUAAAUGGUCAGUUUUAUGUUAUUGGAAGUGCGAACGAUGUUUUUACAACUGCCCAAACAUCUAGAUCUGUUAUUCCAAGAGCAACAGCUACUAUUCAAGUAGAAACACCUCGAACUGCCACUACUGGAUUGAAAAAGAGGGAUGACAGAAGAAGAGCCACUCACAAUGAAGUGGAACGCAGACGGCGAGACAAAAUUAAUAACUGGAUUGCCAAACUUGGAAAGAUAAUUCCUGAAUGCAGUUCCAACACAAAUGGCAGUGGCAGCAGUGGUGAAGGAGGUGGAAAAGCAAACUAUGAAACUCAGAGUAAAGGAGGAAUCUUAGCCAAAGCAUGUGAAUAUAUAACAGAACUGAGAACGGCUAAUCAAUCUAUGGGCCAAUGUUUGCGAGACAACGAGAAACUUCGGCAGGAGGUAACGGCGUUAAAACAGGCAGUAGCUCAACUCAGACGAGAAAACUUGCAUCUGAAGUCGCAGUUGCCAACUUUGUAAAGAAUAUAUUUUGUGUCGACAGUGUUAAAGUAUCUAACGUAAGAGACGAAAAUUUGAUUCCUUUUAUGAGUUAUAACUUGAUUUUUAGUUAAAAAAUCGCUGUUUUUACAAUGUUUAGAACUUUAGUAGAAUUACUAUGAUUUUUUAGUAUUUUUUUGGAGACACCUUUUGUGAAAUAGACAUACAGAAUGAGGGAUUACCACAAUGUAUGAUAAUCGUGAUAUCAGUUUUUUUUUAUAAUUUUUAUAUUGUAAUUACCACAAGCACUCGUAGUGGUAUUUUAAGAUGCUGAAAUCUCUACAGCUCAAAGCCACAUUAGAAGACAAGAAUUAUGAACUUAUGCAUACUUCUUUGAGCAAUUAGCCUAUAGUAAUUAUUUUCUGUACAUAAAAAUGCUUCAAGCAUUCUUUUCUUUUUCCUCGUAACAAAUAAGACUUUUGUUUGCAAAACAAAGCAAGAAACAUCUCUUUGUCAAAUCUACAAGAUCAGACUUAAUCUUGAUGUGCAUAGCAACUCAAAAAGUUCUAUUUUUAGACGAGAGAAAAAGUUGCCUUAUAAUGUUGAGAAAUUAUUUUAUGAAAGAAAUUAAUUUUUUUAUUAGGUAUAAACGAAAAUGUACUUUUGUAAAUAAUAUUUUGAUGUUUUCAUUGACUGCAUUGUUAGUUCAUGUUUUAAAUUUGAAAAUGUUAGAUAUCUAGUAUUUUAUUAUUAAUUUUCUUAUGCACAAUGAAGCAAAAUUCCUAAUAUUCUAAGGCAAGGUUCAAAUCGCAGAUUGCAAAAUAAAUCAGCUGUGCGUUAAACGAACGUUUAAUAGAUGGCUGUGAAAAUCUUACGGCAGUUUAUUUCGUUGCUUGUAAAGUUUAAAUAUGCGAUCGUAUUGCCAUAAAAAUAAAGCGCUGAAUAUGAGGAUUACAGUAAAUUAUCGUUGCUUCGUGUUUCGAGCCGUACUAAUUUCAUUUAACUUUUUUAUUUUUAAUACUGUUUCUUUAUGGGAUACGCAUUAUCGAAAAAACAAAAAAGUAUGUAAAGUAGAGGAGCUAUAUGGUUCAUGAUUCAGUGGAGCUUCGAAUAUAUUAUAUAAACGUAAUAGAUCUAAUUUAAAAGAAAGUUGUAUUUUACGCGUGAACGUGAAUGUACGACCUAAAAGUUGUAAAUACAUAUAUAUAUACGUGUAUAUAUGUGUAUACUUUGUGUGAGUUUUCGAUAGAAGUUAGCUUCGAAUCGUUGAACUGUUCAAAGAACGGUGGUAUUCUGCCUCGUAGAAUAUGCAGUUUCAGAUUGUACUAAAGACAAUAUAGUUAUACGCAAAACAGAAAUCUGGAAAUGUAAUCGUAUUUUUUCCAGCACAAAAAGCCUUCGAAACAGCGAUAAAAACGUCUGAUGCUAAUGAGCAAAGGACAGUUAUAUGAUGUAUAACGCGUUAUCAGCUUGCAAUAAGUAGUCCUAUAGCCACUGAGUUAAGACUUACUAUAAAGUUUCGCACAGUUGGCAUUUUAAACUUUUUUUGACGUUACACAGCUAAACAUACACAAAAAAAACCUAUCUCUGUAUUUUCUCGAAUCAAUGUACGACGCAAAACUGACUUAGAAUCUAUGCGAAACAUGAGUUGUAAUUGACAUUGUAAUAUAUCGUUGAUGUAAAUAUCGCGGGGUUAUUGUUAUACUAUUAUUAAAUUGAAAAAAAAUCUAAAAACAAA